CUGAUGUCGAGAAAUAUGGAACGACACCCGGUCACCCUCCGCUUCGCAAGUGGGUAGAAAUUGUUGCUAUUAUAUACAGUACCUACUGCAAUAUUGAGAAACUGCUGAUAAGGAAAGCUUGAAAGCGAGGUUAACUUCGUUCAAAAUGGCGACCACCAGGUGUGCGAAAGCUAAAAUUAGUUAGAAAUCAGCUGUAAAGAACUGAUCGCCUUCAUUUAAGUGGACGGAAUGAAACGUUCUCAGUCAGAAUCGUCGGGGGUACCCCCGGCGAAGAAGCAGGUUUUAACAAAGAUGAUUCCGCCCAUGAACAUUGGUUCUGUUUCAACCGAGGAUGAAAUGAACUUGAAGGUCUUGCAGUUUCAAAAUAAGAAACUUGGUGAGAGAUUGGAAGAAUUAAAGAUAGAAGAAGAGAAGUUAAAAGAACAAGUGGAUGAGCUUAAGAAACAGAGAGAAUCUGAUCUGGAUAUCAUCUCUGUCAUCAACAGACAUUGGAUGCAGCUUGAUGAAGACAUCAAGACCAUAUUACAAAGAUAUGAAGGUAUCGUGGAAGAGGACUCAGAGCAGACAUCCAAUGAGGCUACUCUUUCAUACUUGGACUACCUGGCCAAUUUAGACUCGGAAGAAGUUCGGCAAGAAGUGGCCAAAAGAUCUGCAGCCACUAAAGAACACACAAGAAAGCUGUUACACUAUGUAGAAAUCUCUGGGCCAUACUCAUCCACAGUGUCAAAAGAGAAACCAAAUAGUGAGAAUCAAGCUGAGGAAGAAGGACAUAAAGAUCAGCAAGGCCAACAAGAAUCAGCUCCAGAGCCAAGUUCUACUGAACAGCCAAAACUUGACUUGGAUGCAGACAACAAACAGCUGAGGGAGUUGGUCACCUCACUUCAUCAAAAACAGCAGACUACUUCACUAGAGUUUUCAGAAAUUCGUGAUAAGUAUGCCUUGGCUCAAAAAGAGAUUGCUCAACUUAACACUGAACUUCAAGAUGCCACGUAUGAACUUCAAAAGGCCAACCACAGGGUGGACAACUUGGUGAAGAGGCUUAAUGAACUGGAAGAUAUGAAUAAGAGACUGCGUGAAGGAAAUACAGCACCAGGUGAAGCAGGGGAAAGUGAACCAGUACAGCAUGAUGAAGUAUCAACUGAGUUAGAGGACCUGAGAGAUUUGGCCAAGACAAGACUUGAAGAGCUGGAAAAACUGAAUGAAAAUUUCAUCACAAGUCAACAAGAGCUGGAAAAACUGAAGCUGGAGAUAAACCAAAUGCCUGAAAGUGCUGUUCUUCAGUCAGCCCCAUACAAAUGUUUGCAAUCACAAUUUUCAGUUCUAUAUGGAGAGGUCACCCAGCUUCGUCAGCAACUUGAUGACACCCGACGUGUUCUGAGCACCACUAAAACACAGCAUGUCCUACAAUUGGAACAAGUUGAGUCAAACAAUGUGACAAUACAAAAGAAAUACAAGGCUGAAGUCAGUGAGCUCCACGAUGCAUUACUGCAAGUAAAAAGAGACUACGACCUGCUAAGAAUGGAGUUUGAACAAAACCUCAAAGCAAAUGAACAAACAGGCCCAAUGACAAAAGAGAUGAGCCACAUGCUGAACAGUUUACAGAGUCACAACCAGCAACUGAAAGUUGAAGUGUCAAGAUAUAAAAGGAAAUUCAGUGAGGCCCAGGUUCAAGUCGUUAAGCUAUCUGAAGAACUAAAGAAUACCAAGGAGUCAGGCAAGAAGGCAGAAUCAGUUGAGGAAGAGAACCAGGCAGAAGGUCAGAAAGAGCCAGAAAAAGAUGAACCAGAGUCCAAAGCUUCAAAAUCAGAGGAAGAAGGAGAGAUAGAGGAGGGUGAAGAAAUAGCGUCAAGCAGUAAAUCCAAUGACAUGGAGCUCAAGGAACUGCGGGCAAGCUUGAAGAAAUCCCAGGAAACUCAGAAAGAGAUGAAGCUGGUGUUAGAUGUUUAUAAAGGGGCAGCGAAAGAUCUCAGAGAUAAAGUUGAGGUACAUCUUCUGUCGGAGGAGAAACGUCUCAGAGAGCAGAUAGAGGAGCAAAAAGCUCGGAUAGAAAGCCUUGAGAAAGAAUUGGAGAAGCACAAAGGCGCCCUGGCUGACGAGGAGGCGAUACGAAGGCUGAGGAUGGCUGAAGAAACAAUCGAACAACUACAGAAGAAUCUAGCUGCAACAAAACAGGAGGAAGAUGCUGUGCUGGCAGAAAUGGAGUUCACUGGACAAGCGUUCGAGGAGAUGCAAGAACAGAACGUUCGACUGCUGCAACAGCUUAGAGAAAAAGAUGAUGCUAACCUUAAGCUUAUGUCUGAGCGCAUCAAAGGAAAUCAGAUUCAAAAACAGAUCCGAGAAGAGAUGGACGUGCUGGCUGAUCAAGUGACUUCCCUGAACACGCACCGUGAAACACAGACCCAACUGGUGAAGAAACUUGAGGAGAGAGAAAAGGCGUUACAGAAUGCAGUGACUUCACUGGAGAAGGAACUCAAUUUAAGGCAACAAGCGAUGGACUUACACAAACGAAAGGCUAUAGAAAGUGCACAGGCAGCCCAGGAUGUUAAAAUCCGGUUUGACUCGUUUCAACAACAAUUUCAAGAGGCGCAGGAAAGUCUGUCGGAACAGACUCGUGCAUCUGAAGAAGAAGCUUUCAAGUCUCGUAGAGUCCAGGAGGAAUGCGCAAGUCUUAAGCGGAGACUCGAAAAAGAGAAGAAAAAUGUCUUGUAUGGUGCAGCGGAUGAGAUUCUGUUGGAGGAAAUCAAACAGUACAAGGCAAAACUGACGUGUCCUUGUUGUAAUACCCGUAAGAAAGACGCCAUUUUGACCAAGUGUUUUCACGUGUUCUGUUUUGAGUGCUUAAAGACCAGAUACGACACGAGGCAGCGAAAAUGCCCCAAGUGUAACGCUACGUUCGGCAACAAUGACUUUCAUAGGAUUUACCUUUAGUAAAGGAUGGCCAAGAAAAGGUUCAUCAGUGUCACACAGCCAGUCACGCCACUGGGAAGGAACAUCGCGUGACCCAUAACGACAGAGAGCAGAGAAAGAAAGAAGCAGUGGCGAUUAAAAUUUAUAAAGGAGUAUAAUAGGAACAUAGUUGGCCGUUUUUGCCGCCGCUGCGUAUAUAUAAAAAGAACAGCAGCAUCACCUGCUGGUAAAAUCACGUGACGAAGGUAGAUUUGAUACGGCAUGUUGCUUGGCAACGCCACUGAUCUUGAACGACGAUCGUGGGCACAGUAAUUCGCCCCAAGAGAAGCCACGUUAUCAGACGUUGCUCGUUGACAAUAAAAAAAGGCAGUUUGUCUCGAAA